AUGGAGAUUUUCUAUGACCCGAAUCCAUACAACUUCUUCCUCCUCUGUCCAACACACGCACAACCAGGGUUCGUUCAAGAAAUCUAUGAAGACGAAAUGGCCCAUCUCUUGUGCCUCUUCAACGGCAAGCUACACCCGGGUCUUUCGCCAGGUGUGGCAAGGGAAGAACUCUCUCGAAGGACAAAGCUAACCCCAGAUAUGAAAACAAAGAUUCAAAGAAGAAUGGAAGAAUUGGAUGUGUCUAGAAAUGCUUUGGUGGAUCCUAAGAAGAGGGCAAUUGUCGACGAGAGAUAUGGUGAUAGGACUAACUGCCAAGUCUGUGCGGAGCCGCCCCAGGUUAAAGGGCCGAUAGCAAUGAUUGAUCAGCUCAGUUCGGGUCUUCAGUCCCAUCCGCGUCCAGGCAGCAAGGAAUGGAGGGAAUACAGGGCUAACUCGGAAAGACAGCGCAUGGAAAGAGAGCGCGAGAACUCAUAA